GCUGAAAAGAGAAGGCAGCAAGUCUGGUUGCGCACCGGGUGUGUGGGCCCCCGCUUUGUUGCCUGAGUGGGGUGGCGGUAGAAGUUAGGGGGGUCAGAGGCUACAGCUGGUCUGGACCCACAGUCGCUGUCCUUGCCGUCACGUUUCCCGGUAGCCUUCAGCGUAGGAACCGCGCCCACAAGCAGCCAUGAGCGGCGGCGUGUACGGAGGAGAUGAAGUUGGAGCCCUUGUUUUUGACAUUGGAUCCUAUACUGUGAGAGCUGGUUAUGCUGGUGAGGACUGUCCCAAGGUGGAUUUCCCCACCGCUAUUGGCAUGGUAUUAGAGAGAGAUGAUGGAAGCACGUUGAUGGAAAUAGAUGGUGAUAAAGGCAAACAAGGCGGUCCCACCUAUUACAUAGAUACUAAUGCCCUGCGUGUUCCCAGGGAGAAUAUGGAGGCCAUUUCACCACUGAAAAACGGGAUGGUUGAGGACUGGGAUAGUUUCCAGGCUAUUUUGGAUCACACCUACAAGAUGCACGUCAAAUCAGAGCCCAGCCUGCAUCCUGUCCUCAUGUCAGAAGCACCGUGGAACACCAGAGCCAAGAGAGAGAAACUGACAGAGUUGAUGUUUGAACACUACAACAUCCCCGCGUUCUUCCUUUGCAAAACUGCAGUUUUGACUGCAUUUGCUAAUGGGCGCUCUACUGGGCUUAUUUUGGACAGUGGAGCCACUCAUACCACUGCAAUUCCAGUCCACGACGGCUAUGUCCUUCAGCAAGGUAUCGUGAAAUCCCCUCUUGCUGGAGAUUUUAUUACUAUGCAAUGCAGAGAACUCUUCCAGGAAAUGAAUAUAGAACUCAUUCCUCCAUAUAUGAUUGCAUCAAAAGAACCUGUGCGUGAAGGAUCUCCAGCAAACUGGAAAAAAAAAGAGAAGUUGCCACCGGUUACAAGAUCUUGGCACAAUUAUAUGUGUAACUGUGUUAUCCAGGAUUUUCAAGCUUCAGUAUUGCAAGUAUCGGAUUCAACUUAUGAUGAACAAGUAGCUGCACAGAUGCCAACUGUUCAUUAUGAAUUCCCCAAUGGCUACAACUGUGAUUUUGGAGCAGAACGGUUAAAGAUCCCGGAAGGAUUAUUUGACCCUUCCAAUGUAAAGGGAUUAUCAGGAAAUACAAUGCUGGGAGUCAGUCACGUCGUCACUACAAGUGUUGGAAUGUGCGAUAUUGAUAUCAGACCCGGUCUCUAUGGCAGUGUGAUAGUGGCGGGAGGAAACACGCUAAUACAGAGCUUCACUGACAGGCUGAAUAGGGAGCUCUCUCAGAAAACGCCCCCGAGCAUGCGGUUAAAACUGAUUGCAAAUAAUACAACAGUGGAACGGAGAUUCAGUUCAUGGAUUGGUGGCUCCAUUCUAGCUUCUCUGGGCACCUUUCAACAGAUGUGGAUUUCCAAACAAGAAUAUGAAGAAGGAGGGAAGCAGUGUGUAGAAAGGAAAUGCCCUUGAAAAGUGUUCCCACUGCUCCACUUUCCUGUCUCCUUACGUUUCAUAGCUUUAGUGCACUCAGGAAAAAAUGACCAUCUUUUGUAGAAUAUUUAUACAUUUUGCAUAUUUCAAUUUCCACUUAAAUUUUUCAAGGUUUUAACUGGCUCUAAAAAUUAAAAUAAGUUGUACUUUCCUUGGAAUGCACUUAUUCUUAUUAUAAGCAUUUUAUAAUUUUGUAUAAAUGUCUAUUUUUUCUAAAUAUUUUCCUUUCAGUCAAAUGCUUUCCAACUCUGCUUAGUAUAUUAAUUACCAGUGAAUUGGUAGAACUGCCUUUUAUUGACAUAUAAAUUUAUUGCCUAUGCUUUUUAUCUUAGGCUUGCAAAUUUAAAUUAAAAUUGCUAGCCAUUAAGAACUAGGUCUUUGGACUGUUGUUGUCUUGUGACUUGCUACUUUAAAUACUAAAUGUAUUUGUCCGUAUUUUCAGUGAAAGUACACGCUAUUUAUUAACAGCAGUAUCCAUACCACCUCAUAUCCUAUUAUCAGUAAUAGUAAGAAUGUUACCAGGUGGCCUUUCCUAUAGCAGUUAACAUUACUUUCACACUCAGAGAUACAGGUGAUGUUGAAGUCUGCUUAGAUGUCAUCAUUUAUAAAAUGAGCAUUUAACCUGAACUUUAUACCUGAUUUUUUAAAAUUUUUACAAGCACGACCAUUUCCAAAUCGGCAUGCUGUGUUAACACUUAAAACGGUUGACAGUUGAGUAGAAACACAAUUUCUUUAUAAAGCACUUAUCAUAUAGGUACUUUUGUAUACAGACUGUUUACUUAAGAAAAACAAAAUGGUAAAUUAAGACUUCUAAUAUCUUAAACUAAACUUGACUUCUCAGCUUCAGAAAUAUUGGAAACUUUUUCUGAAGAUUUGCUUCUCCCUUGCUUGGAUAUAGGCUUGUUUCUUAUAUCUUAGUCUAGAAGAAUAAAAUCAUAACUGCAAUUUUUAUACAAAACUAUU